AUGGCCGACACGUCCGCCAUGAAAGACAUUAGGGGGGACGAUGAUGUGCAGUUGGCAGCCAUGGGCCAUAAGGCCGAGUUGAAGCGAAAUUUCUCACUUUUGUCCAUGUUAGGAUUGGCCUUUGCUAUUCUAAAUUCUUGGACCGCUCUAUCGGCGAGCUUAUCUCUUAGCCUACCGUCUGGAGGCUGUGUAAGUGUCGUCUGGGCGCUGGUGGACAAUACCAUUGGGUUGCAGCUUGCAUUGACUGCCACCGGUGGCCUGCUGGGCAGCGAGUUGAUUCUGGGCAUAAUCUCAUUAUUGCAUCCGACCUUUGAAGCACAACGCUGGCACCAAUUUUUAAUCUAUACUGGCUAUAAUAUUGCUGCGUUCAUCAUCAACGCCCUCAUGAACAAUGGCCUUCCGUACUUCACUAAGGGUGCUUUCAUUUGGUCCUUAUCCGGAUUUGCCAUCGUCUCGAUAACACUUCUUGCAUGCUCGUCACCCAACUACAACUCGGGAGAAUUUGUGUUUGGAAAGUUUAUCAACGAAACAGGAUGGCCUGAUGGUGUCGCUUGGCUACUUGGUCUUCUUCAAGGUGGACUUGGUCUCACAGGAUUUGAUGGGGUUGCCCAUAUGAUUGAGGAAAUCCCCAAUCCAUCUGUCGUGGGCCCUAAGAUUAUGAUAGGGUGCGUCUGUAUUGGUACCGUGACAGGUUCGAUCUUUUUGAUCGUGCUCCUCUUCGUUGCCGGUGAUAUCUACAAUGUCAUCGAUUCUGCUGCGGGAUGUCUUCUGCAGAUCUUUAAAGAUGCAACUGGAAGCAAUGCUGGGUCAAUCUGUCUUCUAAUGUUCCCUCUUGUUUGCAUUCUUUUCGCAGCCACGAGUAUCAUGACCACCAGUAGCCGUAUGAUCUAUGCUUUUGCAAGAGAUGGCGGUCUUCCUGCUUCACCCUUCUUUUCCAGGGUUCAUCCGAAGCUCAAUGUUCCACUGAACGCCUUGUAUCUGACGUUUGCUGUUAUCACUGUCUUUGGGCUUAUUUUCCUCGGGUCUUCGAGUGCAUUCAACGCUAUUAUCUCAUCAUCAGUAGUGAUGCUUGACAUCGCAUACGGUAUUCCGAUUGCAGUAAACUGCCUGCGUGGUCGCGCUAUGCUGCCUGAACGCUCAUUUGUUCUCCCGAAUACUUUAGGCUGGAUCGCCAACAUAAUUUCUCUUACAUACAUUAGCCUCACCACGGUGCUAUUCCUCUUCCCUCCAGUGCUGCCUGCGACCGGUAGCAGUAUGAACUACUGUGUUGCUGCUUUUGGUAUUAUUCUUGUCAUCUCGACAUUCCAGUGGUUCAUUGAUGGCCGCAAGAACUUCACUGGGCCACGGGCUGAUGUGGAUAUCCUUGCAGGCGUAAUUGAAGAAGUGCCCACGCACGCUGGGACCGCUGAAACCCAUGGGAAAAGCGAUGGGAAAUAA